AUCAUAGAGGAUUGAUUCAUUUUUGACAAACUUAAAAGAUCAAAUUUGAUCAGAAGUAUAAAGGACCAUUAUCUUCCUCAAACAUAAGGGACCCUUUUGUCAUUUCACUUAUCUAAAACAAAGUUUUCACCUUGCUGAAGCAACCUCUGAACAAUUGAUUCUUACAGUCUCAUUCUCUGAAUUCUCGAGACCUUGGGGCUUCAUGAAGUCGUCAAUCUGACGUUGAGAGAAAAGAAACUGGUGAAUAUGAAUCAGAGGGCAGCCGUUAGAGGGAGGCCCUCCGGAACCGAUGGCUCUGAUUUCUCCUACCGCAUGGUCGUCGAUUCCAGAUACACAAAAGUUGCAAAAGCAAAGUCUCGUCUGGCCAAAUUGAUCUUUGCUCAGGUUGUCACUCAAUUGAUGAUAGCAGCUAAUGUAUUUAUUUCAUUAUCAAAGAAGGAGUCUCCCGAUAGAGUUUCCAUUUUUUCCCUUGUGAUUGGCUUCGUGUCUGUUGUGGCAGGAGAACUAGGUCGAAAGAAAAGUCGGUCCAACUUUCUGAAGUUUUAUGUCUUUGGGUCAUCGUUGGCAAUCCUGCUGUCAAUGGCAUGUCUUGCCAUCAACAAUCUCUCAUUGGAGGCUUUCCAAGAUUUUACAAGUUUGGAGACUCUAAAGAUUGCCAUUGCCGUUGUCCUACUAGGAUUUGUGGUACAAUUAUUUGCAAUUGGUACAACCGUUUCUCUUAUUAAAAAUAUGGCACCUCCUAAGAGGGCUUCUUGAUUAUUAGUGUAACUGUGGUGUUAUUCCAAAUGUCUUUGACUGACUAAAGAGGAUUCUUAUACGGUUCGGAUUCAACGGAGAUGCUGUUAUAAGUUGCCUUUAUCAAUGCAGUUUUCGCAAGCUUUUCUGAUUUAAGAUUUAUCUCAUGAAGACUUAACAUUACCGAGCCAAGUAUCAGACUGGUGCAUGAAGACUUAAUACGUGAAGUUGCCCUCAAUGUUUCUUCACUUUACGCAAACUGGCAUAGACACAACAAUGUUGGAUUUAGAAGGAUUCAUACUGGAUUGAACUCACUUCCUAUCUUUUACCUCAUGUUUCAUUAGGUGCGACUGCUGUUGCUUGCGUGUAGCAGAAUGCACUUGCAUCUGAUUUUAUAGGGGGCAUGUUCCAACAUUCUCUUGGGACUUGAAUGUACAUUUUGGCUAAAAGAGUUAUUUAGAUAUCAACACUAAAUGAAGAAUUUGAGAGGGAUUUAUUUGGAUGA